AGUUUUUCUUUUGUGGCAAUAGAUGUCUGGUUCAUAUCAGUUGUGAUGUCGAUUAAAGCCAAUAUCGCCAUAUCCACAUCAGUUUCGUGCUUACUCACAUGUAUUCUGCUACUGCCUGAUUUGGUCUAUAGAUUUGAUCCUCGCGUCUCUGCCUCUAAACAUGACAGAGCACAAUUUCCCACUACUCCAAAAUGACAGGAUACUAAAAGCAGCUAAAGGAGAACCUGUUGAUAAGGUGCCAGUAUGGAUAAUGAGACAAGCAGGACGGUAUCUUCCAGAAUUUAGAGAAAUGAGGAUAAAGCAUGACUUUUUUACAAUAUGCCAAACUCCUGAACUUGCUUGUGAAAUCACACUGCAACCCAUCAGGAGAUUUCCUCUGGAUGCCAGUAUCAUUUUCUCUGAUAUUCUUGUCAUUCCACAAGCAAUGGGACUUACUGUAGAGAUGAAGCCUGGCAUUGGGCCAGUUUUGCCAGAGCCUUUAACUGAUCCAUCGCACAUUUCUAGAUUAAAGAUCCCUGAUGUAGACAAGGAACUGAGAUAUGUUGGUGAAGCUAUUACAUUGACAAGGCAUAAGUUGGAAGGCAAAGUUCCUCUCAUUGGUUUCACAGGAGCUCCUUGGACUUUGAUGGGAUACAUGAUCCAAGGUGGUGGAAGUUCUACAAUGGCAGCUGCAAGAACUUGGUUGUAUAAGUAUCCAAAAGAGUCACACCAAUUAUUACAAAAGAUUACAGAUGUUAUUGUUGAUUAUUUAGUUAUGCAAGUUAAAGCUGGUGCUCAGUUGUUACAAGUUUUUGAGAGCCAUGGUGAUUUUUUAAAUACUGAAUUAUUUAAAGAAUAUUCUUUAAAAUACUUCAAACAAAUUAACCAGAGCGUUAUUGAAAAAUUAGUCAAUCUCAACAUUCCAAAAGUACCAAUGAUUGCAUUUCCUAAAGGAGCAGCUCUUGAUUCUAUUGAAAUAUUUGCCAAAGAAGCUGGUUACGACGUGAUAGGCCUAGACUGGACUGUCGAUCCUGCAGAAGCUCGCCAAAGAGUUGGACCAAACGUCACACUUCAAGGAAAUAUGGAUCCAUGUGCUUUAUACGCAACCACGGAAAAAGUACGUCAGAGAGCUGAAAAUAUGGUCCGUCAGUUCAGUAAAGAACGUUACAUAGCUAAUCUAGGUCAUGGAAUAUUACCAGAUGCACCAAUUCCAUCAGUUGAAGCAUUCAUCGAAGGCAUUCAUUCUGUAUGA